UGGGUCGUCAGUGUGGGUUUGGCAGUGAAGGGAGGAAAGACGCUCGCCGUCGCUCUCUCGCCAAGUUGUGUGUGCGUGUGUCUGUGCCUUUCGCAACUUGUCCCUGGACCAUGACAGCGCCCAUUUCGCCGUACUUCUGACCCCGAUUCUCCUUGAGAACGCGACCUGCACCUGAAACGCCUCCGUAGAUGCGGGAGUGUCCUCUCUCCAGAUCGUUGACAUUACCUCAGCUGACUCGCGGCCGCGCCGAGUCCCGUCGCUCCAGCUCGGUUUAAAUCCCUUUUAAAUGGCCAAGUGACCCUCGAGGGCGACCGCCGAUGACCCCCUCGCCCGCACGUUGUUCGCAGGCGACCCGUCAGGCAGCGGCGGCGGAACUGCAGCUCCAGUGACGCCGCAGGAGGCUCUGCAGCCGCCCCUCCGACAGCUACAUCUGCUGGAAUUCCGGAAAUGUUGUGUAGGGAGGCGCAGGUGUGAGUCCCCUGUGUGCGUGUGUGUGCGGGUGUGCACGUGUGGUCAGCGAGUGGGUGUUUGCGAAGCGUACACCUGCCACACGCACCUGUUCUCCAAUUCCCUUGUUGUGGGCGUGAGCACUUGUCUCUCGCUAACCUUGACACUCACCUUUAUUUUCGAGGAGAGAAGCAGGGGAGACAGAGGAGGAGGAGGAGGAGGAGGAGGAGAAGAAGUGAAUGAGAGAGAGACAGAAAGAGAGAGACAGUUUGAGAGAGAGAGAGAGUGAGAGGAGAGGGUCGUACCGUCGCUGAACCAGUUCUAGCGAGCCGGGCACAGGACUUUAUGCCCGUGUGAUGCACCUCCGCCUACCACACUCACCACAUCCUCCGCCGCCACGCCAUGCCUGAGACAUAGGCCUACCUCGCCCUCCCUCCCCCGCCCCUUCCGCAAACGCCUUUUCCCCUAACAAAAACUUGCGUCAGAAUCCGGCGGCCUCCAACAAGCCGCCAUUGCUCGCACGCCCUCGCUGCACACGUGUGAUGAUGUCUAGUGGGCGUGUAGGUGUGAGGCGGAGAAUGGGCGCCGUGAAGGAACCGCCCACGCCCGCCACCAACGGCGUGGGCGCCCCGAGGCAAUACACUCUCCAUGACUUCGACAUCAUUAAGACUAUCGGCACGGGCACCUUCGGCCGCGUGUGUCUGUGCCGGGACAAGGUGACGUCACAGUACCUGGCCAUGAAGAUCUUGGCCAUCAGCGACGUGAUCCGCCUCAAGCAGGUCGAACAUGUCAAGAACGAGAAGAGCAUCCUGGCCCUCGUCACGCACCCGUUCGUCAUUCAGAUGCACUGGCACCACCGCGACGAGAGGUUCCUGUACAUGCUGUUCGAGUACGUGUGCGGCGGAGAGCUCUUCUCGUAUCUCAGAAAUGCGGGGAAGUUUACGAUGACAACGGCCAUGUUCUACGCCUCAGAAAUUGUGUGCGCCCUCGAGUACCUCCACUCACUGUCCGUUGUGUACAGAGACCUUAAGCCCGAGAACUUACUGCUUGACAAAGAUGGACACCUUAAGAUCACUGACUUCGGUUUUGCCAAGAAGCUCACCGACAGGACGUGGACCUUGUGCGGGACGCCGGAGUACCUCGCCCCUGAGAUCAUCCAGAGCAAAGGGCACAACAAGGCGGUCGACUGGUGGGCGCUGGGCAUCCUCAUCUACGAGAUGCUAGCCGGCUACCCGCCCUUCUUUGACGACAACCCCUUCGGCAUCUACGAGAAGAUCCUGGGCGGGCGGGUGGAGUGGCCGAGGCACCUGGAGGCCACCGCCAAGGACCUCGUCAAGAAGCUGCUCACUCAGGAUCGCACAAAGCGCUUGGGGAAUAUGAAGAAUGGUGCUGAAGAUGUAAAGAGACAUCGAUUUUUCAAGAACACAGACUGGGAUGAAGUUUACCAUAAGAAGUUAAAGCCCCCCAUAGUGCCGAAGGUGAGCUACGAGGGUGACACGCGCAACUUUGACGAUUACCCUGAGAACAACUGGCGGUCAACACAAGGAGUGUCUGACAUCGAGUUGGCGAUAUUCAGUGACUUCUGAGUGUUAUUAGGGAUGUGUGUGUAGUCUGUGAUCAAGGGAGACUCAUGUAAUUAUAAUCCGAGUUACGAAUGUUGUUAAACGGGUCAUGUACAACGAAUAUUUAUUGGUAAUUAAACGUAAUAUUACUUUGUAUAUUAUGUAUGCAUUAUAUGAGAUUUAGAUCUUGAAGAAAAGAAUCAUGAAGAGAAAUUUAUAUGUUUAGAAAUAUGAUAACUACAAAAAAAUUACAGAGAAUAGUUUUAUAUUUUGUGAAACAUAACAAGGUUGUCUUGUGGAUAUUUUUUUCUCAGCUUUAUCACAGUAGAUUUUGAUGUCAUGCCAUAUCAACACGACCUGAGGAAACCUCACAAGGCAUGAAGCAAACCAGCAUAGCAUUUGGUGGAUCAUAUUCGUUAGGCUUUGUCUGCUAUUUUUUGCCUCUGUCACUCGUUUUUCAUUUUGAUAUAUUUAUUUAUUUAUUAUUAUUAUUAUUUUUUUUAGGCGAAUAACUUUUUUUUUUUUUAGAUAAGGAGAUUUUAAACCAUGAAUUUUUUCAUUUUCAUUUUCUACUUUUAUCUUGAAUAUCUCAAAGUCAUAUUACUGUCAACAUGAUCUUAGAUAUUUUUUCUUCUCAGAUAAGUACAUUUGUCUCAUUUGAUAGAUACAGAUGUUACACAUUCACAACUCACUGCUGUUCAAGAUUCACCAUAGGAAAGAAUGGUUAGCUCUUCUACAUGGCUUGUCCUAAGUGGAGUGUCAGUACUUAAGUUGAAAAUGAGUUUAAGGCAAGCAUAGGCAAACCAUUAGGAUGUUCUCCCAAACAGUCUCAAUUCCCUGGCAUAUAGUUGGCUUACACAAAGGUUAUGGAAUUGUAACUCGUAUGAUAUUUUUUGCUACUGAUGUACCUCUGAUGCGAUCUUGAUGAAAAUUAUUUUUAUGCAUGUACUUCUGCCUUGCAUAAGUACUAAUGUCAGGCCUUUGUUGAUGCAAUGAAAGAUUGAAUUAUAUUUUGUUUUGUUUUUCAGUGCAAUAUUUAUUGAUUACUGUGAAAUCAUCAUAAGGUUUAAGAGAAAAGCAUUUAUAUUGUAGCUAGUGCAAAAAGCUUCCAUUACUAGUAUUAUCAGUAAAACUUUGCCUGCUCAUUCACUUAUAAGUUUCUUCCAUUCAUUUUCUGUUUUUUUUUUUUUUUUUUUUUUUUUUUUUUUUUUUUUUUUGCUUAUUCUGACCAUAUUUUUUCAAGAAGUUCAUGUUUAUGAGUCCCCCUUCCCCCACAGAUCAGCUAAUGACAUCCACACUUUCAUAGAUAUCCAAAAGACUUUGCAGAUUAGCACACAGUCAAUAAGAAACUGUUUCUUUUCUGUUCAUUAUGUUAAACCAACUCAGGCUCAUGGAAGAUCAAUUUGGACUUGAAUUUGCAUGGCUGAAUAUAUGUUGUUUCAAGUAUGUACAAUGGCAAGUUGUCAGAGUGCUUCCAGAUGUUAAAUUUGUGAUGCAGAAAAAAGUACAAUAAUAGAGAACUCUUUGUGCCUCAUAUAUCCUGGAAUAUAACUAGUCUCUGCUAAUUACAAUGUGAUUACAGUGCAAGCUUUCACUCUAUUAAUGUCCAAUUUCCUAUGUCCACAUUCAGCCAAGAUCUAAAAAUUUCAAUCUUUCUUGAAAAAAUAUACAAUUCUCCACAGCCUUAUGUGUUGUGUGUGUGUGCAGGUAAUCUCCCCAUGUACACACACUAAAAAGAAUAUGCACAUAACUCUCAGGGUGACACUUGAUGUAUACAUGAUUAUGGCAUGUCAUACCUGAUGUGUAGAUUUGGUCACACCCUUAAUAGGUCCUGAUUGCAAAACUUAUCUAGAGCAUGUAAACAUCUUUUUCACAGUGUGCACAUGUAAAGUAUAUGAUACAUAUGCAUGCAGUGCUUGUUACAGACCCAUUACCGUAGUGCACCAACACACAUGCCAUCACUCUUGUGUCCAGAAUAUGGUUACAAGAGAUCAUCCAGAGAGAUUAUCCAUUUUAUCCAGAUUACCCAACUGACCUCAAGAGUGGAUCACAUAAUAUAGAUUACACAGACAUCCACUGUCAUGCAUUCACCCCUGUAUAUUAUCAGUCUCAUAAUCUCAUUUGUCAUGAAUAAUAUUUCCUUUUUCCAUUUGUGCAACAGACUGUUGACUCAGGGACAGUCAAAGAAGGGAUGUGAGGUGUUACAAUACAUCAAGAAGUGUCAGCAGUAUAUUUUUAUUCCAUACUCCCUAAACAUUUUGAAUUUCAAAACCUUUCAAAGGUAGAUUGAUUAACAGCUACUGGGAAUCAUGAAUGGCAUGACACAGAAUGUUUCCAGUGUUUUAGUUAGCAUUUUCAUGUUCAUGUUCUUAAUGUCCAUUCAUACUCCUUUGUACUAAUUUAUUUGCCAAAAAGAUUGGAAACGGAUAGGCAAGCAUUUUUGUACAGGUAAACAUGCCAUUAUUUUUGCAGUUUUCCUAGUUAUUUUAUUGAUCCUCCAUUACCUGAAACUCUGGUUUAGUUUUGUUUGAAAAUUGUGAGUCACAUAUUCAAGCAGAAUGACAUUUCAUCACAGCAAAAUUGUAUUCUGUAAAUAUAUUACAUUUGACUUAUGCUUCCUUCUUUGUUGAUCCUUCCACAAGCAUUUAUAGUUAUUAGCAUCUAUGUAACCUUUUUUAGAGCAAGAAAGGACCAAAAGCAGAGGUGUACCAAGUAGAGAGGUGCUUUUAUGUAAUUGAAUAUAUCUCUUUGGAGGACGUACCUACUAAAAUAUAAUGGAGAAAUAUGUGUGAUGCUUUGCAGUUAUAUAACAUCCUAUAAUGUAAAUAAAGGAUAUGAUACCAAAAA